AUGGAUCCAAACGAAGCUUCCGGUACCCCACCGCCGCCGUCACGCCACGGCAUGAGGAAAAAGAAUGAACGUUGGGUUUGGAGAAGAAAAGAUAAAGGACAAACACUGGAUUCAGAGAAAGAAGAAAGAUCGUCAUCUAAACCAGCUGUGGCAGAACCUUCCUCAUCUCAACCCCCACCUCAGUCAUCAUCAUCACCGCCACCACCGCCAUCUCAUUCCAAUGCACCGCCGCUACCUUCAUCAUCGCGGCCACCACUACCUCCUAUAUUGCGGCAAAGAGAAGUUUUAUUAAAGAAACCAGCUCAAUCUAAUGAACAAUCUUCACCCGCGCCAAAAGGACCAACAAUCGAUUAUAUUGCACCAAUACCUCCACCGCGGCCACCACAGCAAUCUUUAUGGCGGCGAAGGCAAGCUUCACUGCAGCUACGAACAUCAUCCUCCCCUUCUUUUGCACCACCCUCUUCAAGGCAGAAACCACCGCAAUCUAUGUUGCAGCAAUGGCUAUCGGAGCUACCACAAUCAGACCUUGAUAUUGAUCCACCACCACCACCAUCACCACAAUCAUCAUCUCCUUCAUCGCAGCCAAGAUCUCCUUCUUUAUCACUGCCAGAGCCACCAUCACCUUCUUUAUCCGUGCCAGUGCGACCAACACCUAGUGUAUCGCAGCCACCACCAGAACAGCAGCAAAGGCCACAGAAUAACGAUAACAUUGAAUCAUCUGCUUCAAGGAGGUGGAGACCAAACAGUUGCCUCAACAUGAUUUGCUGCGACCGAUAUCGCAGAUUAAUGACGGCAUACAAUUACCAUCGUCUUCAUGUUCACCUCCACAGCACCCGUAUGUAUUGGUGCGAAGUCUAUCGCAGAGUCCAAGUCUAUGAUCAUACCAGACGAAUGAACUAUUAUCACUAUCAAAUGGUAAGGCACCAUGUUAACCAUACCAUGAGAAUAACCAAUCUUUUCCGAUCCAUGCUAGUUACCCGUCCAACUCUGGUGUACAAUACACAUCAGGGAGGCUAUCAGGUAAAAAUGCCACCCAAAGAUAAUAAGGGUAAAGGUCCUAGUGAUAGUGGUAGGAAGCUCAGGCGUCCAAGGGUAGUAGUAUGCCAGUCACCUCACUCAGUCACGUGUCCUCCCCCGCAGAGUCAGGUUCAUCAUAUGUCCAUGGACAGUACUAUGCCAUUUACUCCAUUACUAUCAUCUCAGAGUCCUCUUCAGUUCCCAUCUGGGAGUACAUGUUUUAUUAGUCCAUCUGGGGCCCCACCUGGUUUACCAUUCCAGCAGUCACAGGUGCCCUCAUCCUUCCAGCAGACACAGGUGCCCUCAUCCUUCCAGCAGACACAGGUGCCAUCCUUCCAGCAGACACAGGUGCCAUCCUUCCAGCAGACACAGGUGCCCUCAUCCUUCCAGCAUAGUUUUCCAUUUCCCACACAGAUGCCCUCAUUCGUGCAGCAACCUGGAGGAUCCAGCACCCCACUUCUUACCCAGAUGCCCCCAUCUGUCCAGCAGCCUGGAGGAUCCACCUCUUCACGAUCCACACAGACUGGUCGCACCCCCACAUCCCACACAGAGUCGGACGAUGACGAUCUUGGUGGGGAUGAUGAUCAGAUAGAUGGGAGAGAUCUUCGAGGGGAUGAUGAUCUGAGUGAGAUUUAUACCAUUGAUGGGAGAUUUUGGAUAUGGCCUGAAGGGAACUCAGAAGUUUCCGAUAAAGAAGAAUGGUUCAAGCAAUUUCAGGCGAAAUAUGUUUGGGAUCCCCUGAACCAUAACAAAGCUAAGCGUUUGGGGAGACAAUCAUUGAUGACGGAGCUGGUUAAGGAGACUCGGACAAAGAAAUCGGGAGGAUUUACUGACGAGCGCACAAAAAAAGCCCUGGAGGAUUAUCAGGCGUUGCUUGUAGAAUUUCUGACCCAUAAUCCUCAGUAUACGCCUCCUCCAGAAAAACCGGUUCACCCAGAUGUGGAUUUCUAUAUUUGGAGUCAAGUUGUUGGGGGAAAGGGGCCUAACGGGUGUUUUUUUGGUGGUGGAAAUUUGUUAGAACUGGUAAGACAAUUGGCUAGACGCGAGUCCGAAGAUCGUGAGGCGGCAUUGAAGGCCCAAAUGGAUGCCCAAAUGGAUGCCCGAAUGGAGGCAAUGAGGGGUGAACAUAAUAGACAAAUUGAGGCAAUGGCGAAGAGGCAAGCUGAUAUGGAGGAGCAAAUGCGACAAUUUAUGCAAGCAUUUGGUAGAAAUCCCAACAGUGGUGGCCAAAAUAAUAACCACCCAAAUAAUGAUGACUUUCUUCCCGACAUUUCCGACGACGACUCUGCUUAG